UGCGCAAGGGCAGCCCAGCAGGCGGAAGUGGGUCGCACGCCCGUAGCCGCCAUGCCGGGAGACCAUCGCCGCAUCCGCGGGCCGGAGGAGUCCCAGCCGCCGCAGCUCUACGCGGUCGAAGACGACGAGACGCCCGCCGCGCGCGACCCGACGCGGCUCCGCCCGGUGUACGCGCGCGCGGGGCUGCUGAGCCAGGCCAAGGGCUCCGCCUACCUGGAGGCGGGCGGUACCAAGGUGCUGUGCGCCGUGUCCGGUCCGCGGCAGGCCGAGGGCGGCGAGCGCGGCAGCGGCCCAGCGGGAGCGGGCGGGGAAGCUCCGGCUGCCCUCCGGGGUCGCCUGAUCUGCGACUUCCGCCGCGCUCCCUUCUCCGGUCGCCGGCGUCGCGCGCCCCAGGGCGGCGGCGGUGAGGAUCGCGAGCUGGGGCUGGCGCUGCAGGAGGCUCUGGAGCCCGCCGUGCGCCUGGGGCGCUACCCGCGUGCUCAGCUCGAGGUGUCGGCGCUGCUGCUGGAGGACGGCGGCUGUGCGCUGGCCGCGGCGCUCACCGCGGCCGCGCUCGCCCUAGCCGACGCGGGAGUGGAGAUGUACGAUCUGGUGGUGGGCUGCGGCCUGAGCCUCACCCCGGGACCCUCCCCGACCUGGCUGCUGGACCCCACGCGGCUGGAGGAGGAGCACUCCGCGGCCGGUCUCACGGUGGCACUCAUGCCCGUGCUCAAUCAGGUGGCCGGGUUACUGGGCAGUGGGGAAGGCGGGCAGAUCGAGAGUUGGACCGAUGCGGUGCGCCUGGGCCUGGAGGGCUGCCAGCGCCUCUACCCGGUCCUGCAGCAGUGCUUGGUGCGGGCUGCCCGCCGGAGGGGUGCCGCCGCCCCACCCUGAUUGGAAAAAAAAAAAAAAACAAAAAAAACUGAGCGAAGAGGAUGCGGAGGACUGCUAUCGCCCUUCUCUUCCCUAAAGGACCAAGCGCUGAUGGUCGCCUGACUCCGCUGAGCUGAGAAACGAAGAGUGGGGCAGUUGGGCGCACAGAACCAAAGCACUGCAAAGCUCUGUUGGAAAGGUUUAAAAGGCCGUUGGAACAUGAUCCAGUUGGAGACAUUUGAAAGCCGCCAUACUCCGGAGUUGGAAAGAACUUGGGCUGGACUUACCUAGUAAACGAUAUAUGGGGCUGUGGUCUUGUAAGGGACGGACCCUGUGCAGGCCAGCCAUUGGCGCCAAUAUUUAAUAAACUGAUUCUUUUGAGAGGAUGGACAGGGGAACUUUGCCUUCUCACUACUCAGAGUAAAACAUAAAAACUUUUUUUAUGCCUGGAAAUACACCUGUUGUGUUUUUUUUCUUGAUGCUAGAGUUAGAAACAAUGCUGUUCUGAACCGGG